AUGGAUCAACGUGGAAUCAACGACUACAAACAGGCCUUCUUACAUGGAAAAUCAAUUUCAGAGGCAUCCCAUCUUGUGCCUGAAGUGGUGGAGACCAUUAAGAAUUCAGUUGAAAGACUCAUCACGGAAGCUGAAGCCAAAACUGUUAUGGUUUCUGGAAUUCUGCCUAUGGGAUGUUUUCCGGGUUUUAGGAGUAUGUUUCCCGAAGGUGAUGCAAUGGGCAAAAACAGAUGUCACAAGGGAUUGAAUCUGUUCUCGAAGCUUCACAAUGAUCACCUUUCUCAAGCAAUUAUGGAGCUGCGUUUGAAAUACCCUGAAGUUGACAUCAUAUACGUGGAUUACUACAAAGCAUUCAUGGCUGUUCUUAAGAACCACACCUUUCUGGGAUUCAAGACAAAGACUUUGAUGAAGGCAUGUUGUGGCAGUAGCAAUGGUCCAUUCAACUUUGAUGUACAGAAAAAGUGUGGAGAGGAAGGAGCUGCUACGUGUUCUGAUAGGGUUUCGUAUAUACAUUGGGAUGGAUUUCGACUAACUCCCGAGGCUUUGGAGAACCUGAUCGAUACGCUGUUCAGCAAAAAAGGAUUCGUAUUUCCAGAAUUCAAGUUUGGAGAAGAAACAACAGCAGCAGUAACAAGGCAUCAUUCCAGGAUUCAUGCACGAGUUACAGACAUGUCUUCUGUUAUUAGGCAUUUACUCUUUGUCUAA